AUGUCAUCAAGCAAUGCUGGUUCUCAACUUUAUGGUGAUGAAGACCCUUUUCCUAUUAUAAAUUCAGAUGAGGAGGUCUCAGCCACUACUGGUGCUGGUCCAAAGAAAAGGAAGAAGAGGAUUGUGAAAGGCCCAGAGAAGGAGAGAAGCAAAAAGGCGAAAGCUGACACGCAUCCGACAGAGUCAAUGGCACAUCAAGAGAGAUUUGUGCCCCAAACUGUCGAGGAGACCCGCAUUCUACCCAUGGAAACCGGGCCAAGCAGCGUGCCUCCUAUUGCUGACAAAGGCAAGAAUCCUCUCGAGGUAUUGCCCUCAGAAAUGUUCGAGGGAGGACCGACUGUAGCAGUACACAUGUUUGGCGACCCUCCAACAAUUGAAUGCCCCAUCCUGGAAGAGUUCGCAGCUCAACUGAAUGAGACCGACUGCGUGAGGCUGACGAGUGCGGCCUCGAUGGCCUCCUUGAUGCACCAAAGGAAAUUGAGGGAAGAGUUGGUUCAAGCUCGAGCCGAGAGAGACCAAGCUUUAAUCAAGAAGGUUACGCUUGAGGAGAAGUUGCAGCAGGGAGACCUCCACAAAUGGUGUGCUGCUUUCUGGUUUAGAAUGCUUUCCACCGAUAGGAUGGCGGCAGCUAUCGAGGAGGUUAACAUGGCUGCUACAAAGUAUGGGGCUUACAAAGUAGCUGUUGCAGGCCUUAAGAGAAUUAACCAGGACAGACCCAUCAAAGCCAAGUGCGCCGAGCAGCUGCCCCUAUGGGAGUCUUUGUGUGGAGCUCUCAUCAAGAUGGGUACUCCUGAGGAGAUCGCCAUGUUUCCUGGUAAUACUCCUACAGUCUUAUCCAAGGGCCCAACUGAUGGGGAGCCAAUUCCUGAAGUGCCAGAUGAGUAUAUGGGCAUUGAACUCGAAGAUGCUGGCGAGGAGGCUUCAAAGGAAGAUGUGGCUGACACGGGCCACUCAGGGGAUAGCUGGUCGGUUCACCGGAUUCAUUGUAUGGUUUUAUCUGAGGAACAAUCGAGAGAAUAUCCUCUAUACUCAAUAAUUAGCAACAUCAGGAGAAGUCGUGCAGAUAUCUAUAGUAUUGAAACAGUGAUGAACUUAGAAGUAGAUCUCCUUGAUGCUAUGCGGGUGCACAAUGUAAGAGUCAAUCAACAUUUGAUUAGCAAGAUCAAAGAGCUUCGGGAGGAGAUGCGAUGGCGAGACUUCCAGAAAAGUAAAGACUAUAGUGAUUCUCUAACUUUCGAGACUGACAUUCAUGAUGAGUUGGUUGCCUUACAGAAGGAAAAUACUCGGUUAAGAGAGAAUCAGAAGAUCAUUGUGUCACCGUGGUUUCUCGAGAAACAUCAUGUGCUUACCCGAGCACAACACAUGAUCUCAACCAGGACUCGCCGGUUUAUUUCAACAAUGGACAUGCUAAAGGAAAGAACUCGUGAGAUUGAGCUCCGUAUGGAAUAUAUAAACGAGCUUCGAAAUCUAUUGUUGUACCACAACAUUGACUUCCAAAGCUUUGAGAAGCCUGAGGAGAUAGCCGAUCCCCGGACCAGGAGUUCUCGUGAAGAAUUUCUAUUGAGAUUACACGCUCAAGAUGAGGAGAUUUUAGACAUCAAAGAUAAACUCAACCAGUGUGUAAACCUCCUUAGUCAGCACGGGUAUAAGUGGCAUCAUACAUCCUUCUCCUGA